CAAAGUAUUUUUCAACUGGACUGUCACUGCACUUGAACUUGGAAUCUUGUAACCUGAGGAACUGCACUGGAGACAAGAAGACACCUCUAACAAAUGGGAAAUUAUAAAUCUAGACCAACCCAAACUUGCACUGAUGAAUGGAAGAAGAAAGUCAGUGAAUCUUAUGUUAUUAUAAUAGAAAGAUUAGAAGAUGACCUUCAAGUCGAAGAAAAAGAACUUGCAGAACUAAGGCACAUAUUUAGCUCCGAUGAUGCCUUCAGUAAAGUCAACUUAAAUUACCGCACAGAAAAUGGGCUGUCUCUACUUCAUUUAUGCUGCAUUUGUGGAGGCAACAAGUCACAUAUUAGAACCCUUAUGUUAAAAGGGCUUCGUCCAUCUCGACUGACAAGAAAUGGAUUUACAGCCUUGCACUUGGCAGUUUACAAGGACAGUGCAGAAUUGAUCACUUCCCUGCUUCACAGUGGAGCUGACAUACAGCAGGUUGGGUAUGGUGGCCUCACUGCCCUACAUAUUGCUACAAUUGCUGGUCACCUGGAGGUUGCUGAUGUCCUGCUACAACAUGGCGCAAAUGUCAAUGUUCAAGAUGCAGUUUUUUUCACUCCAUUGCACAUUGCAGCAUACUAUGGACAUGAACAGGUAACCCGCCUUCUUUUGAAAUUUGGUGCUGAUGUAAAUGUAAGUGGUGAAGUUGGAGAUAGGCCCCUCCACCUUGCAUCUGCAAAAGGAUUCUUUAAUAUUGCAAAACUCUUGAUGGAAGAAGGCAGCAAAGCAGAUGUGAAUGCUCAGGACAAUGAAGACCAUGUCCCACUGCACUUCUGUUCUCGUUUUGGACAUCAUGACAUAGUGAAGUACCUGCUCCAGAGCAAUAUCGAAGUUCAGCCGCACGUUGUUAAUAUCUAUGGAGAUACCCCUUUGCACCUGGCAUGCUACAAUGGCAAAUUUGAAGUCGCCAAGGAAAUCAUCCAAAUAUCGGGGAUAGAAAGCCUGACUAAAGAAAACAUCUUCAGUGAAACACCUUUUCACAGUGCUUGUACCUAUGGUAAGAGCAUUGACCUGGUUAAAUUUCUUCUUGACCAGAAUGUUAUAAGCAUCAACCACCAAGGAAGAGAUGGGCACACAGGAUUGCACUCUGCUUGCUACCAUGGUCACAUUCGCCUGGUUCAGUUCUUACUGGAUAAUGGAGCCGAUAUGAAUCUGGUAGCUUGUGAUCCCAGCAGGUCUAGUGGUGAGAAAGAUGAGCAGACCUGUUUGAUGUGGGCUUAUGAAAAAGGACAUGAUCCGAUUGUCACACUCCUGAAGCAUUAUAAGAGACCGCAGGAUGAAUUGCCCUGUAAUGAAUAUUCUCAGCCUGGAGGAGAUGGCUCCUAUGUGUCUCUUCCAUCUCCCUUGGGGAAGAUUAAAAGCAUGACAAAAGAGAAGGCAGAUGUCCUCCUCCUAAGGGCUGGAUUACCCUCACAUUUCCAUCUUCAACUCUCAGAAAUUGAGUUCCAUGAGAUUAUCGGCUCAGGUUCUUUUGGGAAAGUAUAUAAAGGACGGUGCAGAAAUAAAAUAGUGGCUAUAAAACGUUACCGAGCCAACACCUACUGCUCCAAAUCAGACGUGGAUAUGUUUUGCCGAGAGGUGUCCAUUCUCUGCCGGCUCAAUCAUCCAUGUGUAAUUCAGUUUGUGGGUGCUUGCUUGAAUGAUCCCAGCCAGUUCGCCAUUGUCACCCAGUACAUAUCAGGGGGUUCUCUAUUCUCCCUCCUUCACGAACAGAAGAGGAUUCUUGAUUUGCAGUCUAAAUUAAUUAUUGCAGUAGAUGUUGCCAAAGGUAUGGAGUACCUUCACAACCUGACACAGCCAAUUAUACACCGUGACUUAAACAGUCACAAUAUUCUUCUCUGUGAGGACGGGCAUGCAGUGGUGGCAGAUUUUGGAGAAUCAAGAUUUCUACAGUCUCUGGAUGAAGACAACAUGACAAAACAACCUGGGAUACCCAGUACCCACAGGCCAAAAUCCAAAUUCAUUACCUGGAAGCCUCCUGCCCUCCCAAAUCUGGCCCAGGGCCCCUCUGUGACCUCUUCUCCCACAAACCUCCGCUGGAUGGCCCCUGAGGUGUUCACGCAGUGCACACGCUAUACCAUCAAAGCUGACGUCUUCAGCUAUGCUCUGUGUCUCUGGGAACUUCUCACUGGUGAAAUCCCAUUUGCUCAUCUCAAGCCAGCGGCUGCCGCAGCAGACAUGGCUUACCACCAUAUCAGACCUCCCAUUGGCUAUUCCAUUCCCAAGCCCAUAUCAUCUCUGCUGAUGCGAGGGUGGAAUGCAUGUCCUGAAGGAAGACCCGAAUUUUCUGAAGUUGUUACCAAGUUAGAAGAGUGUCUCUGCAACAUUGAGCUGAUGUCUCCCGCAUCAAGUAACAGCAGUGGGUCUCUGUCACCUUCCUCUUCUUCUGACUGCCUGGUGAGUCGUGGAGGGCCUGGCCGGAGCCAUGUGGCAGCUUUACGAAGUCGUUUUGAGUUGGAAUAUGCUCUAAAUGCAAGGUCCUAUGCUGCCUGGUCCCAAAGUGCUGGACAGUGUUCUUCUCAAGGCCUGUCUUUGGAGGAGAUGAAGAGGGGUCUUCAAUUAUCACCCAUUGACAAAUAUGAUGAAGACACUGGGGCUUAGAAAGGUUAAGUGGACAAAAAUCACAGAACCGGCUACGUGUCCGACCCCAUGAGCCCGAUGCAUUUCCAUUCUGGCCGGAAUAGUGGCAGCUUUGAGGACAGCGGCUGACAGCGUUCCGCAUAUACCUAAGGAGAGAUUUCCCCCAAACUGACAGCAACAAUUCCUACCGUGGCAGGCUUGCUUCCAAUUAUAAUAUUUUACCCUCUAAAGUCUCCUUAAAUUGGCUUGUUUAUACUGGUCUUCUUUAAUUCCCUACCACAAGUUGGGCUUUGGAUUUAUGGUUAAGGAAUGAAAUGCAAAGGAACCAAGACAGAAUGUAUGUAAAAAAUUUGUUUGAAUUUUGUAACUGAAAGAGCAAAUUUAUAUCAUUACUUGGAGAUGGGGCCUAAGACUAUGGUGGGCACUUCACAAUGAUUAUGUUUUCCUAGACUGAAUUAUGUGGACUUGCAUUUGAGAGCCACGGCUUUGAUUUUGUAGAAUAUUGUUCGUUUUCUUCUCUCAUUAAGUUACCUCUGGUGUUCAGCUCUGUGAUUAAAGGUUCUUUGUUGGCAUCCAAAAUGGAUUCAGAAGUGUACUGACUUCUGAGUAAGUGUUCUUUAAGACAUAUUGGUACAAAGAAGUAAUGACCUUCAGAUCAAGACGCUUGCAAAAUACUGCAUGUACUUAGCCUCCUUUCUACCUCAUACCGAGUGCUCUGUGGUGUCUGGGCAUCCUGUUACUGUCAGCAUCAAGGUGUCAUAAAUGGUACUGGUACAGUUAUGACAACUGAUCUGCAAACGCAAACCUGCUGUUCAUACCCGAGUCCGGCACAGCGCACUGGGAGGAUGUCUGAGGUACCCCUGGCCUUCCUUCAAAAAGUGAGAGAGCUGGGGGCACCUGGCUGGCUCAGUCAGUAGAUCAUGGGCCUCUUGAUCUCAGGAUUGUGAGUUUAAGUCCCACAUCAGGGGUAGAGUUGACGAGAGAGAGAGAGAGAGAGAGAGAGAGAGGGAAAUCUGCUAUCCAUGUUCAUUCCACUCAGGAAGAAGGGAGUCCUUCCACCAAACAAAAUAGUUUUUCUACUGAAAGGCAGACUUGGGAAAAAAAAAAAAAAAAGAGGCAGGAAACUAUGAAAAUUUAGUGUGAUAAUCACUGCUUUUAAUCUUGCUAAUGAAAAAAAGAGUAAAGGAAGAUUGGGUAGUCGCUAAAUCAAGGUUUCUAGAUCCCAGCACUAUUUACUGGUCGGAGGGAAUCAUCUUUGUGGGGGCUGUCCUGUGCACAGUGGGGUGUUUAACAGCUUCCUGGCCUUUACUCCCAGAUGCCAGUAACAGCUCCCCUAAAAAGCCUCCAGACAUUUCUAAAUGUGCCCUGGGGGACAAAGUUGCCCCAGGAUGACAGGAUAAAUCCUGAGAGGACAACUAGGGUCUUGAGGAGCAAUGAAAGGAAUCUAGAGCCGAGCUUUGACUACAUUUAGACGAAUCUGCUUUCUUCUCCUGAGCAAUGUGGGCUCAUAGACAAAUGGAACUGGAUGGGAAAAGUGCUGAUUGUUCCUCCCAUGUCUGUGGUGAGCUCCUUCAUCCUCCCCUCUCCCCCUACAGAUUAGAAAUUACGUUUCUUGAGGGCAAUUUCUAUCAGAACAACGACCCCACCUCUAAAACCUCUCGGAGCCUUUUCUAUGACCUGUGGUUACAAAGUUGUAAGUCCUCUGAACAGCUUGGGGCUAGCCCGUUACAGUCCAGUAGAAGUUAAAAGCACGGAACUUCCAUUUACAUUCACUCCUUUUUAGCCCACAGCCUCUGUCUCCCCACCCAGUCAUUCUGGAGUCAUAGAUGCUCUUUCCCACCGUGCAAUUUGCCAAGGGGCUCUCUAAUACACGGGAACAAGGAGCUUGAAGUGGUCAUACAAGCAUAAAGCUUUCUAGUAAGGAGCUGGCUGAAGAGCCCCUGUCUCUACAUCUCUCUCUCUCUAGGCCUCUGCUCUGGCUGCUUUAGGAAAUGAGCCGGCACCUAGCCUGGGGUGGCCUUGAUCCUUUUAUCAGUUGAGUUGAAAGGAAUGCCUUAGAAAGUUAAAAAAAAUAAUAAUAUAAGUAAUUGAGUAACUUAAUACCCAGUUUUAACUAAAGAUUCACAGUAGGGGUGAUGUUGAUUAUAUGUAUAAUCAGGACAGUGCUGGGGUAAACCUGCAGUCCUUCCAGUUUCCCAUGGAAUGUGGCCAUGUUGUCUGAAAUACCUCUUUUAGAGGGGGAUUUUCUAGAACAAAUUUGUGACACUCCCUUUCUUUGUUUCCUUUAAUUAGCCACCUCCUCUCUCCACAAUGUGUCUCCCUACGUUAGUGCUUCCCUCUGGCUCUUGUCAAGUAUCUGCAAAUAAUGAGACUAAUACGUCUUGAUUCCUGAGAAGGGGAACCUUUUCACAGAUGCCAACCUGUAGCUCACAAGCCCUUUUCAUUACUACACCUUUAAUGGGGCCCAGCUAUCAUCUCAGAGCUAGUCUUGAGAUCAUGAGGUUGGUGUGUGUGUGUGUGUGCGCGCGUGUUUUUUCCUCCUUGCUGAAAAAUGUCUCACUAAUUGCUUUCUUUUUCUGCUGGUAAAAAUGAACUUCUGUGAUCAUGUUUUUGCAUGCUUAGCACAUUACAUUUUUUUCUAUGUGCAUGCAGCACUGAGCUCACUUCGAAGAUGUUCAAUUAGCUAUAAUUGUAAGCCAAAUUACAGCAGCACCAGGAGAGAGUUAUUCCAACAGAGUGAUUAUUUGGGUUAAAUUAUUUCCAAAGCUGACAUUUCCCUGGGAAAGAGGAAAAAAUGGGUGCUAGUGGUACAGGAAAAGGCUAGUGCUAGAUAAUACAUCUGAAAUGAAGGACCUGAUUUCUUUCUCUCUCUCUUGCUCUGUCUUAAUUUCCUUUCCUUUUUUUUCCCUUCCUUCCUUCCUUCUCUCCCUGAGGUCACUCAGACCUUCUAUAGUACUUGUAUAGCCUUGGGCAAGUCACUUAACCUAUCUGAGCUCCAGUUUAUUAUUAUUUGUAAGAUGGUAAUAAAUAACAUUUCUCUUGUAGAAUUGCUAUAAGAAUUGCAUAUAAUAUAAAAUGCAUUGUAUAGUUCCUGGAACACCAUAGCAGAUAUUAUUGUAAAUAUUGUUUAUUGUUAUUCUUAAAUCACCAUGCAGCCAAAGAGCUGUACUACAAGAGGAGAGCAUGAGAAGGGUGGAGAUUUUUUUCUCUCAUGUGACAAUAACCAUCAGUGUCCCUAAAACCCCCUAGCAAAUAGCAAACUUCUGAGCUUAUCCUUCUGAGGCAGUGUGAGCCAAGAUCCAGCAGCCUUAGGAUGGUCUUAUUUUGUAAUGUCUUAUUUACACCUGAAAUCAAAUUAGAAAUCAAAUCCUUUAAAUCAAAUACAAGAACCAAAAAAGCAUUCUCCAACAAGGAGGAUGCUAAGUAAAAAUAGCAAGAAAACACAUUUAUUGAGCACUUACUAUGUGGCAGGAACUGUUUUUGGUGAUUAUACGUGCUAUUAUUUCACUCAUUUCUCCAAAUAACUCUGGAAAGGGAGAAAUAUUUUUUUUUCUUUAUUGCUCAAGUGGAUAAUGAAUCUAAGCUAGUAUAGACUGGAACCAGGUGUCAAAACUAGGUUUGCCUUGCACUAGUAUCCGUGAUUUGUUCACUACCCAGUACGGCCUCCUUUGUGUGGAGGGAACAGAAUAAAAAUAGCAAACGUUCACAAGCCAGAACCGUGGUAAAAGCAAAGAAAUCUGUACUUUUGCAGUCCUUGGGAAAAUU